AUGGCACCCACUGCCUCAUUCAACCCCCCCUCCGCUGACCUCGCCGGCAAGCCCUUCGUCCCAGAAUGGGUUCCUCCCCCGGUGACCCAGGAAAAGCACAACUUUGCCCAGCUGAAAUCCAUUGAUCUGUCGUUGCUGGAUUCCGAGGAUCCAGCUGUAGUAGACAAUCUGAUUCAGCAGGCCAAGGUGGCUAUUCGCGAUGAUGGAUUUCUGUUCCUUGAGAACUAUGGUGUUUCUUUGGAGCAGCUGCACCGUCAAUUCUCCCUAGCUCAAUACCUCUACAACAACAUCAGCGAGGAAGACAAGGAGCGUCUCCUAUUUGACCCCGACACGGGCGUCUGGUCAGGCUACAAACACCCCUACGGCUUCAAGCGCCACCGUGGCCCCCCCGACGGCAUCGAGCAAUUCAACUGGUACAAGCCCGACUGGCAAGACAUCCCCAAUCGAGUCCCCAGCUGCCUGCAUCCCUUCAUGGACGAGAUCGAAUCCUUCUGCAACUACCUCACCCAAUCCGUCAACCGACGACUCCUGACCCUCUUCUCCCGCGUCCUCGAACUCCCCGACGACUACCUCUGGAACAACGUGCAAUCCCACGGAAGUCCCACCGGCGAGGGCUACUUCCGGCACGCCCUCUUCCGCCCCGUCCAGAAACAAACCGAAGAGGCAUCCAAGGGACUUCGCAUGCACGGCCACACCGACUUCGGUCUCACCACGUUGCUCUUCUCUGUCCCCAUCAGCUGCUUACAGAUCUGGGGCCGCGACGAACAAUGGUACUAUGUGCCCUAUAGGCCCGGCGCGCUGGUGAUUAAUAUUGGGGACACGUUGGAGAUUGUCUCCGGGGGACAUUUCAAGGCAACCAGACAUAGGGUUUUCAAGCCCCCUGUGGAUCAGUUGAGUGAGGAGAGGUUGUCGUUGGUGUUGUUUAAUUCCUCGGUUGGGGAGUUGAGGAUGCAGCCGGCUUAUGAAUCACCUCUCAUUCAAAGGGAAGGGUGUGUGGAGGAGCAGGGUGUGUAUAAGGGGUUUCGGAAUCUGACCUCACAAGGGAAACUGGUUCCCACGAAUCGUCAAUGGCGUGAGAUUCAGAUUGCGACGUGUACGGAUCCCACAGAUACAGUCCGGAAUCGGGUGGGGGCUGACCAGGUGCUCAUUGAUGGGAAGGUGAUGCAUCAGAGGGAGUACAUGGGGGUCAAGGUGGUGUUGCCGGUUUGA